AAAGCGUCGGCCCCACAUCCCAGGGACCAGCGAGCAGCCUCGAGAGGCUCUGGCUCUUGCUUCUUAGGCGACCCUAGGGCGCCAUGGCCGAGUGCCCGUUACGUGGGGAGGAAGUCACCGACCACCCGGACCGCCUGUGGGCCUGGGACAAGUUCGUGUAUUUGGACGAGAAGCAGCGCGCCUGGCUGCCCUUAACCAUUGAGGUACAGCCAGCUCUGGAGCGGAUGGCGAGGCAGCAGGGGCAGCCCCCGGGAGUUUGGGAUGCCCUAGGAAGGAUAGAGGAUAGGUUACGGGUGCUCUUGCGUCAGGAAGACAUCCUCCUGGGGAAUCCUAUGACCCCCAGCCAGAUAGGCCCAAGCUUGCUGCCUAUCUUGUGGCAGCUCUACCCUGAUGGACGAUACCGAUCCUCAGACUCCAGUUUCUGGCGCUUAGUGUACCACAUCAAGAUUGACGGCGUGGAGGACAUGCUUCUCGAGCUGCUGCCAGAUGACUGACUGUGGCACGGUCUCGCAGCACCUGUCUCCUUUCGCCCCAGGGCCUGAGCCUGGCCAGCCUACAAUGGGGGCGUUGUGUUUCUGUUCACCUUCCUUUACGAUGCCUGUGUCUUCUCCUCCACCACGCUGGGGUCUGGGAGGGAACGGACAGACAGAGGAUGAGCUCUCCCCAGGGCCUGCUGGACCUGCCCGUAGCCCACUCUGCUCCCCUCAGCACUACCACUCCUGCCAGGGAGGACUCCAUUUGGCAGAGCUUCUUCCAGGUGCCCACCUUUACCUGUGCCUCAGCUUUUCUCAGCUGGCUGAUGGUUUUCAGCCUCUUUCCGCCCCUGCUGUCCCUCACAGCACUACUGUUUCAUGUUGCACAGUCACUCAGCUCCGUGAACUUGUGAGAACCCAGCCGAUUCACCUGAGCAGGGCCUCUGAGACCCUGGACUAGUGGUCUCACAUGGUGCUUUGCCUGCAAACCCUGCCUGAACACAGGUUCAGGUGCAGCUCAAGAAAAGGCCUGAAAGGAGCCCUUGUCUGUGCUCAGGACUCAGAAGCCUUUGCGUCAGUGGUCCACAGCCCAGGACGCAGCAGGAGGCCAGGCCGGCGAGCCCUGUGGACGAACCCUCAGAACCCUUGGCUUGCCCACGUGGAAAAGGGAUAGAGGUUGGGUUUCCCCCCUUUUAUAGAUGGUCACACACCUGGGUGUUAUAUGAGGUUGUAUGUGUCAAGAAUACUUUUUGUAAUGAUUGAUUAAAUGCAAGAUAGUUUAUCUAA